AUGUCUAAGGUUGAGCAAUUGAGGAAAGAUUUAGAUGCUUUGAGCACCGGUUAUGGUUUAAUGAGUUUGACUUGGAAGGCUGAGCCAGUUCCAAAAGAUCAAGCUUUUGCUGCUAUGAAACAAGUUGUUGAUUUUGCUUUAGAAAAAAAUGUGAAGGCUUUUUUCAAUGUUGGUGAAUUUUAUGGUCCAGACUAUAUUAUGUUAAAGAAUUUUUUUGAGAAAUAUCCUGAAUUAAGGCAAAAGGUCAUUGUUAGUUGUAAAGGUUCCAUGGAUGUUGCCAAAAUGGCUCCAUUGGGUAAAUCUGAUGAUGUUAAGAAGAGUGUAGAGAUCUGUUCUUCCAUUUUAGGUGGUUAUAUCGAUAUCUAUGAAGUCGCUAGAAUUGAUGAAUCCAUUGUUGAAGAAGGACAAGACUAUCCAUAUGAAACUUUUGAAGCUUUAGCUGAAAUGGUAGACAAUGGCUUCAUUGGUGGUGUUUCUUUAAGCGAAGUUACUGAAAAGCAAAUCAGAGCUAUUAAUAAAGAUUGGCAUAAGUACUUAACUUGUGUUGAAGUCGAAUUAUCUCUAUUCAGUACUCAAAUCUUGCAUAACAAUAUAGCUAAAACUUGUGGUGAAUUAGGUUUAAUCAUUAUCGCAUACUCUCCACUAGGAAGAGGCCUAUUGACUGGCCAAAUCACAAGUGUAAAAGAUAUUCCAAAGGGUGACUUUAGGUUAAUGCUAAAAAGAUUCCAUGGUGACGCGAUGGCUCAAAAUUUGGUCCUCGUUCAAUUCUUACGGGACGAAAUCAUUGCUAAACGUGAUCCUGCUGACCGUAUCACUUUACCACAACUUGCACUAGGUUGGAUUAAACAUAACAGUAACAGAUUUGGUUAUGGUAAGAUCAUCCCAAUUCCAAGUGGUUCUUCUGUUUCUAAAGUUACUGAAAAUUUUGACGAGAAUAAGGCUAAGAUCACCGAUGCUGAAUUCGACAAGAUUAAUGAAUUUUUGAAAGGUUUCACUACUGUCGGUGACAGAUACGAAUUGGCUUGA